GUCACGCCAAUUCUCGACCAGAGACUCGAAACUUGUGGUGGUUUCUUCUAUAGAAGGGGGAUUGGAUUAUUCACAGAGAGACGCGACGCUUUGAAGAUAAGAGAGAAGCCAUAAACCCAAAAAAAAUAUGCUUCAACUCUGCUCCACUCUCCGUCCUCAACUUCUCUUUUCUCCUCAAAUCCGAUUCACAGAUGGAGUUUUGAUUCCCCGACUAAACUUUGGUUCGAGGAAUUCAGUUGUGAGCUUCCGUCCAGUGAUACGGUGCCAGAGAGUUAGCGGAGGUCGAGGAGGAGCCAACCGAAGCAAACCCGCCAAGCCUCCUGUUAAAGAAGGCAGCAACAAAACGGUGAUCGAAGGUUUAGUCACCGAAUCGCUUCCCAACGGCAUGUUUCGAGUUGAUCUUGAGAAUGGAGAUAACAUUCUUGGGUACAUUUGUGGGAAGAUUAGGAAGAAUUUCAUACGAAUUCUGCCUGGAGAUAAAGUGAAAGUUGAAAUGAGUGUUUAUGAUUCUACGAAAGGUCGUAUCGUUUUCAGAAUGAGUAGUAGAGACUAAAAGAAGAAAACCAAAACGGGGUUGUUGUUUCAAGAUCAUGUUAUAUUCUAUUUUUAAGUGUACUAGUCAAAGUUUGAUAAAGCUUUAACAUUUAUGCAGUAUGAAUACAUGAUUAGGCUUAUAUGGAUUAAACUUUUUUUUUU